AUGCUGGGAGUGCCAGUUCCGAGCGCACGGCCAGGUGAACGCGCCGCCGCCGCCGCCGCCGCCGCCCCACCCCGGCUCCCGCCAGGCCCGCCCCGGCCCGGCUGCGGACGCCAGCGCGGCCCGCGCCUCCCGGACACCCCAACACACACGCCCGCUGGAGGCGGCCCGGCCCCCGCCCCGGGCUCACCACCGCCACCCCCCGGGGCUCGGCGGCCAGACUGGACGCCCCCGGGACCCCCUCUUCCUCUAGGGUCGCCCCUCGCGCGCUCCCGCUCUCCCGGGCUGCGUCCGUCGGUCUGUCCGCCUCUCGCCAUCUCCCUGGCUCCCCCUCCCCCUGUCUCCCCUCUCCCGGCGCUGGCGGCCACCGCACUGCAGCGCGGCACCAGCACCCCCCAGCCUUCUCUCCCCGAGCCCGCGGUGCCGAAGCUCACCUAUGGGCAGGGCGGUGGGGCCGGCUUCCUCCCCUCCCCACCCCCCGUCCUGGGGCUCCCAGCUGGCAGGACCAAGGUCACAAGAGGUCGAAAGGAUUCUGGGGGGGUCCCGUUCGCCGGGGCUGGAACCUCGAGAGGGGGUUCGGUGUGUACGGGAGUGUGGGUGCUGUCGUCGGCCCCGGCUUCUGCGGCCUCCCCUGCCUCCGGUCUCCCUGUCCCCCCGCCCGGGCAGUGUGUGGGUGGGGGCCCGUCCCAUCCCGAGUUCGUCCACCCGCGUCAGCGUCGGGUGGCGGCGGGUGCGCUCAGCCUGCCCGAAGGCCCGGCCCCCACCCCCAGCGCGACCCUCCCCCACCGCACCCUACCCCGCCCUCGCCCCGCACAAUCUCGCCGCUGA